AUUACAUAUUCGUUGGCCUUGUGCAACCUGUGGUCGUGUUGAUUCGCCCGAGUUGUAUUUGAAAUAAAAAAAUAUAAAUAGUUCAUACCUACAUUCCUAAUGUAUACAAGUAUUAAAUUGAUUCACUGCCUUAUUACGUGUUAUAAAUUAUAAAAGUAUUAUAUUGUUAUAAUAAAAACAAUGAAUAAUUUAAAAUUCCUCGGUACUUCUGUUUUUCAAUUACUUUCAUUAAUAUUUGUCGCCCUUUACUUUUUGGGUAUUUUUAAUAUGAAUUUCAGUGACCGAAAUAAUUAUUGUGCCAUGACCUAUAUGUUUGAAUAUCCUCAAUUUGUGAGGAUAUCACUCCCUGAAAAUAAACAAUAUCCACAAUAUGGUCUAUAUGCUUACAGUGAAGGAAGAUUUACAGAAAAAGCUAGAAAAAUGUGGUUUGAUGGCAUCCCUGUCCUAUUUUUGCCUGGGAAUUCUGGUAGCCACAUGCAAGCUCGAUCUAUAGCAUCAGUAGCUCUGAGAAAAGCAAUAUCAAAUGGCUAUGAAUAUCACUUUGAUUACUUUACAAUCAAUUUUAAUGAAGAACUCUCUGGAUUGUAUGGAGGUGUUCUUCAGAGUCAGACAGAAUUUGCUGCUGCUUGUAUUUCCAAAGUACUAAGCUUGUAUAGAAACCAUCGGUAUUCUAAAAUUGUUCCAUCUUCAGUUGUCCUCAUUGGUCAUUCCAUGGGUGGUGUAAUUGCAAAAAGGCUCCUAGCUUAUCCAAAUACAUUGAAUACAACAAGUAUAUUGAUAACACUGUCAGCUCCAAUAGAAGCACCAGUUGUAAACUUCGAUUCAGACAUCAAUAAUUAUUACAAACUAAUGCAGCUUGAGUGGGAUGCCUAUAUUUAUCCCUAUAAAGAUGUGAGAGAGAGUAAACUUCUCAUAAGUCUUGGCGGAGGGCCACGGGAUGUUCUGGUUCCAGGCAGCUUGACAACAUCAAACAAUAGCUAUAUCAAUGCAAUGGCAACCGCUAUUCCCGGCGUUUGGGUGUCACCGGACCACGUAAGCAUGGUGUGGUGCAAACAGCUGGUCAUGGUGAUAAAUCGGUAUCUAUUUGACAUUGUCGAUCACAAGACUGAGCAAAUAACUUACAAUAAAGAACUUAGAAGACAUAAAGCUGAAAUGUAUUUCCAGGCGAAUCGAUCGAUGACAUUGAACGAGAAUAUUCAUCGUGUUGAGGUCAACAUGAUUGCUGAUGCGUUCUGGUACGAAGAUAACCGGAGAGUGUAUCAGAUAGCGAGGCCAGAGAUUGACAGAACUACGUAUCUCAUGAUCCGAUUGGCGCCAUUUCCUCAAAACCGCUUCGUGGCAGUAGAAGCUAUUAAUGUCGAUGAUAAGGACUGGAUAUUCGGAUGCAACGCCAAAGAUGUUCACUCGUCUUAUAGAUAUUGUAAAACAGCGACAUCAUUAAGUGAACUUAGUCGUUGGACCGGCGCAGCUAAUGAAUUCGGGAGGAGAAAACUGGCCACGAUUAACCUGCACAGUGUACAGGAGAUGCGCCCUGAUUGGACACAUGUCAUUGUUAAAGUAUCGCCCACCAGGAAACCGAUAACUCUGAAUGUGGACAUAAACGAUUACGCUUCGAGGCAAAUUAAAGUAGAAGUACCGAGCGCUCUGUCCUUUUCUAAACACAUCAUAAAAGAGACUGAAUCGAACGCACUGUACUACGAACUGAUAUUGUCAAACUUCAAUGUGAUUCAUCAGGCUUAUUUACUUUAUGUGGAGCCUACAUCAACCUGCCAUAACAUUGAUUACCAUGUGUCUGCUGAAAUGCAUGUCCCAUGGGCAAGGAAUAACGAGUUUUAUCACUAUUAUACGCAUUUGAAGCAAUCGCCGAUGAAAUUAAGAUUGUUUAUAAGUAACCCUAACGUCUCUCAGGGUUUGGACCCAGAGGAAAAUGUAAAGAUAACUUUAUUACUGGACCCAAAAUGUACAUUUACGAUAAGUAUAUCAUCGUCUUGGUAUAUCCGACUAGCACAACUAGUCCGCAACUACACCCCGGUCUUGGUGCCGUACAUAGCCUCUAUAGUAUUAUUGGCAGCCAGGAGUAACUUGCUAAGUCUGAAGGAGAACGGGUCGUGUAUAUCGAUACACAGUGCUUUGAUGAGCGAGGGAAUCAAGCCGUAUUACGUGCUAGUGUUCAGUAGGCUGACAAUUAUGGGACUGAUGGCUAUUCCAAUUCUACACAUUCUUUUGGAGAACUCUGGUUGGAGGAACUUGGAGAUUCAGUACUUCACUCGUUCUCUGCUGGUUCUACCUACAUACAUGACCGCACUGGGCUUUCUCAAUGUGAUUGCUGCCGUCACUGUGGCUGUAAUGAUAUUUUCAUCGCAAUUGGCACAUCGAUUGCUCUUCAGGAUUUUGUGGCGUGGUGGCGGCAGUUUAGCAGAGAAGGUGGCUUCUGGCUUGCAAAAAAUUCCUAUGAUAGUGAGCGCGAGUCUUGUGUGUGCAGUCCCUUUGUCAUGUGGGGCCGCUGCAUUGGUUGCUGGUGCAGCAUUCUAUGCAUUUAUGCUAUCUAAAAUGUAUGAAGAAUACUUAGAAGAUUAUGUAUACAAAUUGAUGGCUAAAGUAGCUAGUAAAAUUUGUAGAAUAUUUAAGAGAAAAGUUAAUAGCAAUUCACAGGCAACACAAUUGCAAAUAAAUGAAGUAAAGUCUACGAGCGAAUCGGAAAUAAAUGAUGAUAACGAAUUAAGUAGUGACAUUAAAAAUUUGAAUGAAAAUAAUGAGGAAAUUGUCAAAGACAAUUAUUCCGCGCCAAUUAAACAAUCUGACGGACAAGAUGAAUGUGCAACGCAUGUUGAUGAUAGUGAAAUAGAUGAAGAUCUGAAUAAUUUAAACUUUCAUAUGAUGUUGUUCUUCCUUUGGAUGUGUGUGACUCUUGCUAAUGUUCCAGCACUACUGACAUGGGCUCGGAAUUUUAAGUAUAGCAUGGUUUUAAAACCGGACACUUCAUAUCACGCAGGAUUUAUAAUGUCUAUUUGCUCUGGUGUUAUUUGGCAGCUAAAUGGACCAAGAAAAAAAUUAAGGCACUAUGAGUCUGUCUGCUCACUUCUGUUUACGAUGGCUGUAUUUAUUUUAUCUGUAGGGCCAUUCUCAUUAGCUAUAGUGAACUAUGGUGUAACACUUAUGUUUAGUAUUAUAACAAUGCAGCAAGUUUGUGAUAAAGAGGAAGAGGUUGCAACCGAAUCUGUAGAAAAACCAGAUCUAGUCAGUCAAUCCAAAGAGAAUCUUAAUGUUCCGAAUACUGAAAAAACUAAUGAUGAAAUUAAGGAUAAUUCAUGUAAAAGUAAUAUGUGUAAGGGUGACAAUAAUAUGGAACAGCCCGGUGAUGAUUGUGAUGGCUGUAAUGUGUCCAAAGACAACAAAGAUGAAUCAAAUAAUGAAGAAACGAAUGAAAAGAUAAAAGAAAAUUUAAGUAAAACUAAUGAUGAAUGUAAUAGUGCGAAUGUGAAUAAUGAAGAUCAAUCAAGUAAAGAUUGUGAUGUGUGUAAUGAAAGUAGAAUAUUUAAUAUAUUUAGUCGACUAAGAGACAAAUUUAGCUAUUUAAAUGAUUGAAAUAAUUUUAACUAGGGAGGCAGAUGAUAUCAUUUUACAUGUUUUAUAAUACAUAUUCACAUAAUUACUGAGUGAGAUAUAGUUUUGUAUUAUUUGUUUGACAUAAUUAACACAGAGAUUAUUAAAAUUUUAAAAUACUCUUUAAA